CGACGUCCACUGGCUUCUAUAGUGUUUUUGUUACUUUUCAAAUCACAGCCGAGCCAUCAUGUCUAGUCUUAUGGGGUCAAAAUCGAACGGAGAGUUCAUAGUCGGUGGAAAGUACAAAUUGGUACGCAAGAUCGGCAGUGGAUCGUUCGGCGACAUUUACUUGGGUGUCAACAGUACGAAUGGCGAAGAAGUCGGCGUAAAGCUCGAGUCACAGAAAGCCAGACAUCCGCAAUUAUUAUAUGAAAGUAAGAUAUAUAAAAUACUCCAAGGUGGCGUAGGAGUGCCUCAUAUUCGCUGGUAUGGCCAGGAAAAAGAUUUCAACGUCUUGGUGAUGGAUUUGUUGGGACCGAGUUUGGAGGAUUUGUUUAAUUUCUGUUCGCGCCGCUUUACAAUGAAAACAGUGCUGAUGUUAGCCGACCAGCUGAUCAACCGUGUUGAGUACGUGCACAAUAGAAGCUUUAUACACAGAGACAUAAAACCCGACAAUUUUCUCAUGGGUAUUGGCAGACACUGCAAUCAACUGUAUUUAAUAGAUUUCGGACUGGCCAAAAAAUAUCGCGAUAGCCGCACAAGGCAGCACAUUCCGUAUAGAGAGGACAAAAACCUGACCGGCACGGCGAGGUAUGCGAGUAUACACGCUCAUGUUGGCGUUGAGCAGAGUCGACGAGACGACAUGGAGUCCCUUGGUUACGUUCUGAUGUAUUUUAAUAGGACUUCACUUCCAUGGCAAGGGUUGAAAGCAACUACAAAGAAACAGAAAUACGAAAAAAUUAGUGAGAAAAAGGCGUCUACCCCCGUUGAAGUGCUAUGCAAAGGAUUUCCUGCCGAGUUCGCGAUGUAUCUAAACUACUGCCGUGGGUUGAAGUUUGAAGAGUCACCCGAUUAUAUGUAUCUGCGUCAGUUAUUUCGUAUCCUGUUUCGCACUUUGAACUUUCAAUACGACUACACCUUUGAUUGGACUAUGCUUAGACAGAAGACAUCUCAUCAGUCUAGUGGUAUACGCUCCGCCAGUGCGAAUCCAUCCGCCACCCCAGUGACGGGCUACUCUCACCGCGAAAGCCGCGGUCGAAGUAGCAAGCUGCUCUCAAAGGACAAAUAUAAGAAAUAAUAGAAAGACAAAAUUAGGCAUUGCCCACGUACGUCCAUGAUUUGACAAGCAUUAGAGUAUGUUAGUGCUGAAUCCCUUCAAUUACUGGUGGAUGUGAGAGUUGCUCCUGGCAGUGCUUUGUUGGCUGCACUGUCGUUGUUAAGAGCUGUAUAAAUUAAUAAUAGAAAUGAUUUCAGGGUAUCUUCCAAUAUUUUCAUUCACUAUAUAGAUUGAAAAUUAUCACGGUGUUGCAGCAAAAUUCAUUAUUCUGUUAAACCCAUACUUUAAAAAAAUAUGUAUACAUGAAAAUGGAGCCCUAAACUAUUGAAACAUGAUGACCAUUUUGAACCACACACCCACUCAUAACAAGGAUUGGAUUAGGAUUGACCCUUAUUCUUGUAACAUGAAGGAGGGGACCCUCUUUUCGUGUGAUAAUGACAUUGUGUUUUUCAGUUCAUCUGCACUUUCUCAUUUGGACUUACUACGUGAAAAUACUAAAAAUCCAUGUACAAUAAAUAGACUUCCUAAAAUACUAGUAGAGAAAUACAGGUUUAAUUGAAUUUUUGCAUCAUGAGUCGUGUGAAAGCUGUAAUAUCUAUUUUGGUUGUAUUUACACUUUUUCAUAUUUAGUAUUUCGAAUUUUGUUAUCCUAAUAUUGGUAAGCCUUACUGCACCCUUUUGCAUAAAAUUUCUCUUUGAAAUAAUCCAACAUUCCACAGUGGAGCACAUCAAAAGGUCUACUUGAAGUCUACUGACCUUGUAUUUGCUCUAUAAAAAAAACACAUGCCAAGGUGAGAAAUGAGUACUGUAAAUGCAUUAAUUUAUUCACUGGGUUUUAAUUUUGUAAUUAUUUACAAUUGAACGCAUUGUUUCACUAGCAAAUUCGUGAAUUGUAAAAGCCAGUGAAAAUUAAUGCUUUUACUCUUGUUCUGCCAGCGCCAUCAUGUACUUUUACAUUGACGUGACCAGAUAGGGGGUAAUUUUAUUCACUGCAUCAAAUCAUUCAUAAAUUAUGUGCAACAUGAAUUUAAUUAAGUCAACAUGCUAUAAAUGAAGCAUAAAACAAUUAAAGAUGAUUUUUUUGUACAUUUUAUCAAUAAUAAUUGCAUUUUCUAGCAGUGGCCAAGGCAUGCUCAACUCAACUCAUGGUCAAUUAGUUGUAUUUAUUGUAUUUAUGAAUUAAACCCAGUUGUGUAACUUAUAAUAACUAAUGCCCAUGCGGUUAGAUUAAUUAUGUACUCUGUUUUCCCCAGAGCAUUUGCCAUUGCAAAUAUGUAUAGAUUUUUAUAAUUAAUCAGCAUCCAUGCAAAUUAUCCGCAAUAUUUGAUUUUUAUCUCCUGAGAACACUGAUAUUCAAUCCAAUAAAUUCUGACUUGAGUAUUUUUCUAUAGCUGUGAAUCUAUGGGUUUUCAGACAUUUGCAAUAUUUCAAAGGUUUUACUGACAGCUAGGUUUUAGAAAUUGUAAGCUCCAAUGUUUGUUAAUAAUUACCCAUGUUCCAUCGCCCUUGUAUCAAAUAAUUAUUUUCACAAUUAUCUUAAAAAGACAUUCAAUAUAUUGACAUAAA